GAAGAACGGGGCUUCAACAUUAGCAUGCGGUUGCCCUGGUGAGGGAAGCAAGCUACAGUAAGCCAAACCGGCGGCGUAAUGUUGAUGUUUAGAAAGUUUGUUUUUAAGUGGAGACUCUGCAGUGGAUCAUUUUUAUAAAUCAUUCAUCAGAAGGCUCCGGGAGGACUUGUAGUAAAUAUCCGGGGAGACGCUCGGGUCGAGGUUUGUGUUUUUUUUUGGAGGGGGAGAAUUUGGCAGUUAAAACUUAACUGAACAACAAGCAGCAGCGCCAGUACCGUUAAGCUACCUGCGCAGGGAACUAUGGAGAAUAACGGGGAGAUCUUCUCAAAAGGUGUCUGAGAGAAAAUCUGACCUUAGAAGAUGGUGAAAAAUAAGAACAGCAGAAGGCUUCACAAGUGCCCUUCCCAAAACAAGACAAAAAAGUCUGUUUCCCAGAUUACAAGCAGCAAAGACCUGAUCCAGCUGGAUGAUCAAGCUGAAAGUGACAACACUGCAGCUCCUCCAGAGCCCCAGAUCACCAUCCAAAGCCAGCGGGGCUUCCCAGACAGAGUUUACCUGCUGGCAUCAGUGAUCUUUCAGAAUAACCACCUGAAGAAACCCACUGCACACCAACUGGUGAAUUAUGGCAGUGAAAGAGAACUUCCGUUGCCUGAAGUCAGAGAUGAGGAGGAACAGCGUGCAGCUUAUGAGCUGGCCUUCAGCACACUUAAAUAUCAAGAACUGCUGGAGGACAUCAUGACUGACAGCUGCUUUUAUCUCACUCAGCCGAUGCCAGACGAACAGAUGAGCCUUGCUGCCGUCAUGCUCUAUGACUUCCAGGACAGGAAGUUCCUCCCUCGUGAAUGCAAACUGGAGGAGGAGAUCGUACAGGAAGUUAGAGAUUUAGAAGACUACCUCCUCAGGUUUAAAACCAGGCUGGCUGCCUCUCUGGCCCGCUGCAGGAUCAAACAUGAUCUCUUGUCCAUUGAGUGUAUCCUGCCAGAGAGUGUGAAGAAGAAGCAAGAGCGAUCGAGCAAUCUUCCACUUUACGCAUGGGUCAACACACUGAAGAGCAGUCUUGAUGAGGUCCAAGGUGUCCUGAAGAGCGCUGGCUUCUCACAGGUGAAAUCGAUUGGGCAGUUGGAGGGCCAGACCUUCUGCCAGGAUCCCCACUGUGGGGAUUUACUUGUAUUCCCUGCUCAGCUGAAAGCUCAGCUGUACUCCACCAAGCUGCUUAGCGAACACAAACUCAUCAUCCAGGAUAAGUCAUGCAGCUUGGGCCCAAAUGCUGUGUGCUCCCUGCUGCCAGAGGAAGGACAUGUCCUUAUGGUGGGCUCCUUCUCCGGCCUCACCGUCUCCCACACCGCUUCCCUAAUUGCAGAAAAGUAUAAAGCCAACAGCAGCAACCAGCCCCAAGUCUACGUUUGUGUCAACAACUACACAGAAGCUCAAAGGGAGGAGCUCGAGCUCACUGUCUCUGCAAUGGGCUGCAACAAUGUGAAACUGAUACUGGAGGAAUUUCAGUCUUUGCAUGCCUGUAACAAGCAACUUCAAAAAGUGUGCGUUAUCCUGUUGACCCCCAAGUGUUCUGUGUCUGCAAUCAGCAACCCAGUUGAUUUCAUACUGCAAGAAAAUGGAGACACAGACCUGCUGCAGGACCUGUCCCAGGGCUCCAUAGCCCAAAGCAAACUGGAAUCCCUGGUAGCACAGCAGAGGAAGGAUAUUGAUCAUGCCUUGAUGUUCCCCAAAGUUUUGGCUGUAGUGUAUUCCACGUGUUCAUCAUACCCAGAAGAGAAUGCCGACGUGGUUAGAAAGGCAUUGCAGAAAGCUCAGGCCCUUUCAGACCAGGAGGGGGAACCAAAACAAGCAAAGUUCAGGUUAGGCCUUUCGCCUUUCAGCUCCUCUGAGUAUGCAGAGGCCACAGAUGAAAAAGACAAUUUCUUCAUACUGGAGCCCACGGAGCACACAAAUGGCUCCUUUCUGGCUGUUCUUACUAGAGAGCCCGAGGCACCACACAACGUAAUAGCCAGAGCAAAUGCCAGAGGCAUACUGGACAAACUCGGCUCCAACCACCUUACCAGAAAAGAACACCACGGAAACGCCAGCAGGAUGAAAAAAGCAGCCAGUGUACGCACCACCCAGUCCCACCUCUCUGCCAGCAUUCAGCCCAAACAUCAGCAGACCAAGAGCAGUGACAGUGCUAAACUCUGUGGACACCAGGCUCUUAAUAACAUGCAGCAGUCAUCACAAGGAAAACCCAAAUCACUGUACCCGCAUGCCUUAAAGAGCACCAUAACAAGCUCUUUCUCUCACUCCAGACAAGAAUGCACCAGAUCCUCUUGUUCCUCUUCCAAACUAGAAAAAAGUGCUACUCCCAUCACCACUGCUCUGCAUGCUUCUUCUUCUCCUGCCACUCCUGUGGUCCCAGCGGUCCGCUCGCGUGAAGCUCAUAUGGAGGUGCUGAAACCUGCGCUGUUCGUCCUGCCUCCUGUUCACUUCCCCAACUUUUUUCCACCCCAGCACAGCCAAUCAAGAUUCAGCCCCAGCCUCACCAACAAGUUUAAGAGACCAGCUCAAAUUGUUUCCUCCCGCUCCAGUGGUGGUCUCUCCAAAGAUGCUAGGGAAAAGCCCUUCCUGUGUUUUGACUUCACAAAGACAACUAUUAAGAAGAGCUAGCUUUUGUUAAAUGUCUAUUUAAAUAAAGUCAGCAGGGCCUGAAAUGUACAUAAAAAGUUCUACUUCAUGACACAGAGCAUGUGAAUGCCAAGUCACCCUAAAUGCUUGUACUAGCAUUAUUGCUUCUUGUUAUUUCAAUGUCAUUCCUGUGUGCCAUAAAGAACAACCUUGCCAGAGUCAAGACCAGUCAAACUGUAUAUAUUUAUAUUGCUAUGCCAUGUCAUUUCAAUGUCAACACACGAUGAAUAGCUCUUAUCUGCAGUUCCUCUGCCCUGAAAAAUUAAA